UGGAAUUAACACCUGCAGGAGAGUACAACUCGUCGUUUUGGUCAAAUUUACUUUUUUCAGACGGGUUUUUUUUCAGGUGGUUUCACCAGAAUUAGAUAUAACCAUGGGUGCAUGGCUGAAGAUAUCUAUUUGAAAACUUCAUAGUGUUGAGUUUGUAUUUUAUAAUCUUUAAAGAAGCAUAUAACUCAAGAUUGCUUACAGUGUCACCUCAACUACUUAUUCUUUAAUCUUUGCAAGACACCAGUGCACCAUCCUCAAGAUUAAGUUGAGGGUCAAAGAAAAUAAUAAAUAAUGAAGAAGAAAAGCAGACGUCCAAGGCCAGAAACUUCAGGGCAGACCAGUAGGACACAGACCACGAUGAGCACUGGUGAGGACAAGAGGCAGACUGGGAACAGCAGGAGACCACGAAGGACUGUUCCUGCAAGCACAGAAAGUUUCUGUCACGAGAAUAUUGCAAAAGACAGGGAUGCUGAUGCAGACUUCAGUGUUACAGCAGCUGAUGACACACAGAGACAUCCAGAGACCAAGUCUAGACCCUCAGGUCGUCUGUCAGCAGCCAUCUGUCGCCUCUGCCAUGGAAAGUUUUCUCCACGCAGCUUGCGCCAUGCCUUCAACAAGUGGCCUCAAGACUCCAUCGAUGUUGUUGACGAUGAAUCCGACUCUGUGGCUCCGUCGCCACUUUUAUUCCACACAGACUUCCAGCGAUUGGUGGGCGUCCAGUUGGACCGUGAUCCCCGGUUAUCAGAAUUCAUCUGCAAAAAAUGCCAUGCAAAGUUCUACAAGUGCCACAGCAUACUGAUCAGGUUUCUGCAGAGAGUCAACCUCCCACCAGUGGGAAAAGAGAAUCUCAAAAACCAGAAGAAUGCAAAGCUUCCAGAGUCUUCAGUCAGCCACAGCCUAACAACACCACCGUCCUUUAGCUCAGACCCAAAGUGCCUCCACAGUCUGGUGUCCUGGGCUCACCACCACGGAGAAGGGUGCCGCUUCUGCCCCGACCUGAAGGAGGUGCUAGAGGGCCAGUGCUGGGGCUCUGUGAAGGCCGUAUGGGGCUGCGUUGAUGGUCACAGAUACAUAAUGGACACAACUCCCACAAACCCUGGGUACACUCUGAACCUGAGCACAGAAGCAUUGGGGACUGGGAGUAUCAUGUAUGGAGUGAUGUCAGAGGCAGAAGAACAGGAGCAGGAGGAGGGAGAUGAAGAGGAGCAAGUCAGCCGGAAUGGAAAGAUGUCAGUGGGAGGUUCGGUUCAACACAGCUCACCUUCAGCCCCGGCACAGUCGCAGAGCUCAGUGAUGGUGGACUGGAGCAGCAACACUGAAGUUUUUACAGAUCCUGCAGGGGCGCUGUCUCCUGCUCAAGCCCAGCUAAGGGACAGAGCUGCCGACAGUGAUCUGUCAGACAGGGGUAACUCAGAGGAUGAGUUUGAGGAGCGAAGGAAAACGGGAUUAUCAGACGAUGAGCUGUUCGAGCCCUACUCAGACAAGAGGGUAACCGUCCCAAACAAGAGAAAGAAAAGCCAGAAAGUCCUGGAGGAGCCCAAAAUCAAGAAGAAACCUGGACCUAAACCUGGCUGGAAGAACAAAUUCAAACCUAAAGUAGAGGAGCUGCCCAACAUCUACAAGUGUCCUUAUCAGGGCUGCACGGCCGUCUACAGAGCUCCUGAUGGUUUAAAGAAGCACAUCAAGGAGCAUCAUGAGGAGAUGAGAGAGCGACCCUGUCCUCACCCUGGCUGCAACAAGGUUUUCAUGAUUGACCGUUACCUGCAGCGACACAUCAAGCUGAUUCACACAGAGGAGCGGAACUACAUUUGUGACCAGUGUGGCCAAACCUUUAAACAGAGGAAGCACCUUUCAGUUCACCAGAUGAGACAUUCAGGGGCCAAACCACUCCAAUGUGAGGUUUGUGGCUUCCAGUGUCGACAGCGUGCAUCACUAAAGUACCACAUGACCAAACACAAGGCCGAGGCUGACCUGGAGUUUGCGUGUCUGAUGUGCGGGAAACGUUUCGAGAAGGCUCACAACCUGAACGUACACAUGUCCAUGGUCCACCCGCUGACUCAGGCCGAGGCCCAGAGAGGCAGCAGCCAGCAGCAGCAGCCGCUCUACAGCGACCUGCACACCAUCACUCUGACCGGGGAGGUCGUUCAGCAAGACCAGGACAGAUGACAGCAGGGGCU